AACCAUGUACAUGUAACUACACGGUUAAAAAUUCUCAGCCUGGUAAGGCUUAAAAAUGCUGUUGCUAACGACGCUAAGGCUAAUUGAGCAACUUAGCAACCGGACCUCACAGAACUAUGAUAAAACAUUAGCGCUCCACCUACGCCAGCCAGCCCUCAUCUUCCCAUCAACAGCCGUGCUCACCUGCAUUCCAGCGAUCAACGGCGCGACGAAGGACUUCAUCCGUGGGUUUGGCGGCAAGCAUCGGCUAGGCGUCUGCUAUCAGGACUGGGAUGAAGUCAUGGUGGGACAAUUGAACCACGCCAUCCUCUUAAUAUGCAUCGAUAGGGAAGCGAAGGGCGCCGUGGACAUCAACUGGAUGGUCAAGCCACUCGGUGCGGAUGACUGGAAACUGGCGCUGUCGGCCAACGAACGCGGAAAAUUCUCCGGCGCCGCCUACCAUCCCUCCAUGCGCCUGGCUGACCCGAACUUCUAUGACACGGGGGAUUUCACUCUAUUCUUCCAACCCACAAUGCACGAUGUUGGCCUUUACAAGUGCUUCAUUAAGCAGCAGGGGAGGAUAGUCAAGACAAAGACAAUACUUGUGGCCUUCAUGUACGUCACCACCACACCGCGCAUCCCCAUCCCUCAGCAGAGCACCCUGAGUCUGAUUGCCAAGCUCACCCCUGAGACUGCCGCCGACCAGGUCACCUGGAUAUCUCCGGAUGGCCGUUCCUUAAAAACGGAGCGGAAGCCCACCGGUGGAAUAGUGGCCAAACUUCCCCAAGUGUCAUACAGCGACGUUGGGCGCUACACCUGUCGCUGUGUGGUGCAUCCUGACGCCGUCUUCGAUUUCACUGUGACCAUCACCGUUGAUGCUCGCAGCGUGGCCUCAUUCACCAACGUAGUGCACGGCCCCUCGAUCUUCACCGCCACUCAGGCCAAGAUGCCCUUCCACCUGACCUGUCCCGGCGUCCAAGGGGACUACAUCCUCCUAUACUGGCUACCACCAAAUUCCACCCUGAGAAAGCUGGUGUACCAGUACGAUCGCUGGAGGGAUACCACUCUGACCACGGCGCAAAGCCAGGAGCUGCAACUGUCCCGCUCGCCCUACAACGCGGAGUCUGGGAUCUUCUCCUUCAUCCUCAAGCCUGGCCUCGAGGAUGUCGGAGUCUAUAUCUGCGACGUGUUCCUGAAUGACCACGCCUUCAUCCAGAUGACCCAUCUGAGCGUGCUGAAAGUGACGACCAGACGCUCGGCCUCCGAGCUGGUUCUGGAGUGUCUCUACAGCGCGCUGUCCGAGGUCCAAAGUGUGAUGUGGGAGCACCACAACAGGACUUACGGGCUGGAAAUGAUGAGCAGCGGCCUUGAAAGUGUGGAGACUUGCAUCCCCUUACCCGUCACCCCUGACACAGCUGGAAACUACACCUGUACCUUGCAGCUAACCAAUGGCCAGACGGUCAGCGCCACGCACGUGGUCAAGCAACAAGAGAGCGUCGGCGUCCCUGCACCCUCGCAGCUCUCCCCCCUCUCCGCUUUAUUACUUUUGGCGCCCCUGUUUGCCGCGGCUGUUGCUGUGUUGCUAUGGAGACAGAAGCACAUCUCCAAUCGCGCUAUUGAGCAGUCCCUGUCCAUGCAUUCAGGCGAGGCGGAGAACAUCUAUGAGAAUCCCGAAGAUGUCAGACAGGUGGCUCCUCCGGGUUCGGUCUACAUGGAUUUAAAGCCAAGAAAGGAUGAUGUUUAUAAGGAACUGGAGCGAAACGAGCAAUGUCGGAGCUGAUCACCUACAGUAACUCCACACCGUCACCUCUGCCCGCUUAUAUGUGCUGCAGCGGGGAGGAACACAGUGUGAACAAGAUGUUAUAAUUGGCUUUUAGAUAGCCGGAGGGGGUUGUAUGUGAAGGAACUGUACUUAAUUGCGGGUUUAUUUUAGUUGUAAUUAUAGCACAUAAUCAGAGAUGAGGGUUGUUUGGGGACCACAUAGUCAGGAGAGGUUUCAAAUCUGUGUGAAGUUUGCAUGUUUUCUGUGCAUGAAACUAAAUUAAGGCCAAAUGUUUUGUACUAGAAAAUAGAUAAGCUUUCAAAUUGAAAACAAAAAAUAAAUCUGGGUAGAAUAUACAUUUUAUCCACUCUGGUAAUUAUUUCAAAUUAAAUAUUUAUUUUCAUUUUUCAUAAAAAAACAUUUUUUUUAUUAUACCUGUGCUUUUUCACUUUCACAAGUUUUCUGGAUUUGUUAUCAUAUUUUUUACAGUUAAAUUUUUUUUUGGUUUCACGUCUUUUUAACAUUCAAAUCUUUUUUUUUUCUAGAUUCAGACUUUUUGUCCUGAAUUUAUUGUGAUGGGCGGGGCCCCAACCGAGAGCGGCAUGACACAAUGACAGACAUCUUAGCAAAAAGGAUAUGGUGUGUCGACUACCACGUUGCCUUCAGGGGAUGUAAUUUGAUGAUAUUAAUUUUUAAUUUUUUUUUUCAUCAUGACAAGUGAGGCUCUGCCUUACCUGCCUCCCCUGACCGCAUGUCCUUUUUGCUAACUUUGCUAAGGAAAGAUCUGAAACCGGACAAAAAAAUUUAAACUGUAAAAAAGAAAAUCUGAAUCUGAAAAAAAACUGUCACUCAAAUAUCAAAAUGUAUGACAAUCCACAUUUUUAUAAAUAGUUAAUUGAAAAUAAUUACCAGAGUCAAUCAUAAUUAUAUUUGACCUGAAACGUAUAGACAUAUUUCUAUUUCAAAUACAUUGAUGUAUUUUUUUAAGUUCAACAUCAAAACCUGAAUUUUCAGUUUCAAAAGUACAUUUUCCCCAAGUACAACUCAGCAUGCACAAUUUGUUAAAUUAGAUCCUAACGUUGAGCAACUAGAACUUGACGUUGGAAAAACAUGCUUUUUGAAGAUGAUUAAUCAAUGUUGGGUUCUUACGUUGAUUUGACCAUUGAAUUUUGGCUAUUUCCCAACCAAUAUCUUACAACACAAAUAUAACGGUAAAGCGACAUGCUUUUUGACAACGUUUAUUCAAUGUCAGAUUGUGACGUUAAUUUGACCAUUGAAAUAACGUAAUUUCCUAACCAACAACGUAGAUCCAACCUUGGACAUCAACAUUGUCUCACUUUACAAAUACAACUAUUUUGCAACUGUGUUUCAAAGUCAGUUUUAAAGGAAGUGUAUGUAUAAUCGUCUGCCUGCUGGCACAAUACAUUGAUACAACACAUACUAGGGACACUAUUUAUUUUAUGAUUCUUAUGAAUAUUAUAUACAUUUAAAUUAUUCAUACACAGCUUUCACACACACUUAUAAACACUCUAAAAUUUAAACAUUGGCUGGUGACCGGUACCCUGCCUGGGAUAGGUUCCAGCUUACUCUAAAUGGGACAUUAUUAUUAUUAUUAUUUUUAUUUUUAUUUUUAUUGUUUUUUUAUGUGCCUGAAAGAGUGGCAGCACAUCACAGUAGCUCCUUUGACUUCCUUCAAUUGACUUCAUUUUUGGUAUUAUUCUCAACUUUUCUUGCUUUCACUUGUGGAUCAAUAAAGUUUGUCUAAGUCUAACAAAUGGUAUAGAAAGUUGAUGGAUGGAAUUAAAGGUGAAGAUGAUUGUUCUGUAUAAACUCAUAAUUGUGUUUGCAUCUGAAUUUGUGUAAACAUUAAUCGUAACAUGAGUAAAAAAUUAUUUUCAAUCCUUCCCAUAUUUAAUUGCAGUGGCGGGCCGUGCGUUU